UGAACUAUGCGUCAAGUUUUAUUUUCUUUUUAUACUUUGCCAAAUAGUAUUACAGACCUGGGGAUGGAGAAGAGUGUUACGUAUGUCAGAACCGCCUGUGAUGCAUUGCUUUUAUGCUAUUUCAAGUUUUUAGUAAUAAAUAAAAUAAAUAAAUAAAUGAAUAGAUAAGGUGUGUGCCUGUGUGGCGAAGGGGAGGAGUGAAGCGAGAGGCAGUUUUCAGGGCGUAUGAGGAAGUUAUUGUUUGAGGGGGAAAAAGAAUAAAACAGUAAAUAUAGUCGAGCAGCAAAGUCUUCGCACCUCGACUGAAAAUGCCUGGCAAGAAAGUCUGCAUCGUUGGAUCUGGAAACUGGGGUUCCUCCAUUGCCAAAAUCAUCGGGCACAAUGUCAAAGGGUCCAACCGCUUCGACCCGAUGGUCAACAUGUGGGUGUAUGAGGAGAUGAUCAACGGCAGGAAGCUCACAGAGAUCAUCAACACAGACCAUGAAAAUGUCAAAUACCUACCAGGUCACAAGCUGCCCAAGAAUGUGAUCGCCGUCCCUGACGUCACGGAGGCCGUGAAAGGAGCGAAGAUCCUCAUCUUUGUCAUCCCGCACCAGUUCAUCGGCAACCUCUGUGACCAGAUGAAGCCUCACGUCACAGAGGGAGCCAUCGGGAUUUCGCUCAUCAAAGGUGUCGAUGAGGGACCCAGUGGACUAAAGCUCAUCUCAGACAUCAUCCGAGAUAAACUGGAGAUUGACGUUAGUGUUCUGAUGGGAGCCAACAUCGCCAGUGAGGUGGCAGAUGAGAAGUUCUGUGAAACCACAGUUGGUGCAAAAAAUGAGGCAAAUGGCUACAUCUUCAAAGAGCUACUCCAGACUCCAAACUUCCGUAUCACUGUCGUGACAGAGAGCGACACGGUGGAGCUGUGUGGAGCGCUGAAGAACAUCGUGGCAGUCGGCGCUGGAUUCUGCGACGGCCUCGGCUUUGGCGACAACACCAAAGCGGCGGUGAUCCGGCUGGGUCUGAUGGAAAUGGUCGCCUUUGCCAAAAUGUUCUGCAAGGACAAAGUGAGCUCCUCCACGUUCCUGGAGAGCUGCGGCGUCGCCGACCUCAUCACCACCUGCUACGGAGGGCGCAACCGCAAAGUCGCGGAGGCUUUUGCCAGAACGUCUAAGUCCAUUGUUGAACUGGAGGCAGAGAUGCUCAACGGCCAGAAGCUGCAGGGUCCACAGACGUCAGCCGAGGUCUUCAAGAUCCUGCAAAAGAGGGACAUGGUCAACGAGUUUCCUUUGUUUUCAGCCGUCUACCAGAUCUGCUUCGAGGGCAAAGAGGUGAAAGAAUUCAUCACCUGUCUGCAGAAUCAUCCAGAGCACAUGUAAAACGAGACCCAUGAAAAUGACUCCCUCAAGUAACACUUUACCGUCACCAGAGCGUGACACAACAAAAAAAAAAUCGUAGAAACACACAACACCACAAAGUAAAUUCACUGAAUACCACAAUAUACUUACAACUGUUUUUCUAUCAGUGGCAUUUCAGAGUGCAAUCUGUAUUUUCGUAGCUUUAAAAGCCAUUUCUGUUAUUGUUGUUUUUUUUGCACUUUUGUUUAGCUUCUUGUGGAGGAAAAUAAUAAGAGAUAAGCUAUGACAACUAUUUUAUACAUGAACAGGUGUAAAGUUCUCUCAUUUGUGUUAUUACAAAAAUCGCCAUAAAAUGGCGCCGUGUUUCAGGAGCAAGCACUUUUUUUUUGUCCAAUUUGUAUUUCAUUAAAUUUAAAACUAAGGAUUUGGGUUUGUUUUAAAUCUUUAUGUGUAGUUGUUUUAUUUCUCAACAAUCAAAAUGAGUCCAGGAGGGUGCUGUUUUGUCACAAGGGGGCGCACCAUUCACAUGAAAGUGUUUUUGAGGCGUACACAUGUUUCACUACCAUGUUUAGAUAUUUACUUUACUCUGUGUCAGCAUUAGAAACACGUACAUAUACAUAUAUAUAUGUAUAUAUAUAUAUAUAUAUAUACAUAUAUAUAUAUGUGUUGUGUUUGUGUGAAAUUGACUCCUCUUUUCCUAUUUUUGGCAGAUUAGACAGAAAACAUUUGUGUUUUCUGAGUUUCUGACUCUUGAAUGGUGUCUACAUUGUAAUCAAGAAAGUACAAGUUGCAUUUUUACAAAAAAAGAAAUCUUCUAACACAUUUGAAUAUGCAUUGAAAUAAAUACAAUACUGUCCAAAGA